ACCAGCAAUGCUACAAGGGGACAGAAAUUUGGGGACGUUGUUCUCUACCAGGAUGUCUAUGAAAUGGAUUUCAGUUCCUCUGCUGCUACAGCUGGCUUGUUACUUCAGCUCUGGGAGCUGUGGAAAGGUGCUGGUGUGGCCCACAGAAUACAGCCACUGGAUCAACAUAAAGACAAUGCUGGAUGAACUUGUCCACAGAGGCCAUGAAGUGGUUGUUCUGGCAUCUUCAGCCUCCAUUCUUGUUGAUCCCACCAAAUCAUCUGCUAUUAAAUUUGAGAUUUUCCCUACAUCUUUAACCAAGGUUGAUUUUGAGAAUCUAUUUUUGCAAUUAAUCAGUAGAUGGACAUAUGAUCUUCCAAAACAGUCAUUUUGGACACAUUUUUCAUUAAUGGAAGAACUCACAACAACAUUUGGUAACUCUAUUGAAAAGCUCUGUAGAGACGUAGUCUUGAACAAAAAACUUAUGACAAGGCUGCAAGAAUCAAGGUUUGAUGUCAUUCUUGCAGAUCCCGUUGGACCCUGCGGUGAGCUACUGGCUCAGCUACUUAACACACCUUUAGUGUACACGCUCCGCUUCUCUCCUGGCUAUGAAUUUGAAAAGUACUGUGGAGGACUUCCUUUACCUGCUUCCUAUGUACCUGUUGUUUUGUCAGAAUUAAGUGAUAAAAUGACAUUCAUGGAGAGGGUGAAAAAUAUGAUAUAUGUGCUUUAUUUUGACUUUUGGUUCCAAACAUUUAAUAAGAAGAGGUGGAAUCAGUUUUACAGCAAAACACUCGGAAGACCAACUACACUUUCUGAGUUAAUGGGGAAAGCUGAUAUAUGGCUCAUUCGAACCUAUUGGGACUUUGAAUAUCCUCACCCAGUCUUACCCAAUUUUCAGUAUGUUGGAGGCCUCCACUGCAAACCUGCUAAACCUCUGCCUAAGGAAAUGGAACAGUUUGUCCAGAGCUCUGGAGAAAAUGGUAUUGUGGUGUUUACUCUGGGGUCAAUGGUCAGCAACAUGUCAGAAGAGCAAGCCAAUGUGAUUGCAUCAGCCCUUGCCCAGAUUCCACAAAAGGUUCUAUGGAGAUUUGAUGGCAAAACACCAGAUACCUUAGGGCAGAAUACUCGGCUGUAUAAGUGGAUGCCCCAGAAUGACCUACUCGGUCAUCCAAAGACCAAAGCCUUCAUAACUCAUGGUGGAACCAACGGCAUCUACGAGGCAAUCUACCACGGGAUCCCGAUGGUGGGCAUUCCUUUGUUUGCAGAUCAACCUGAUAACAUCGCUCACUUGGAGGUCAAGGGAGCAGCUGUCAGACUGGAUUUGGGGACACUGUCCAGUACAGAUUUGCUCAAUGCAUUGAAGAGAGUCAUUAAUGACCCUCUAUAUAAAGAGAAUGCUAUGAGAUUAUCAAGAAUUCAUCAUGACCAGCCAAUGAAACCUCUCGACCGAGCGGUCUUCUGGAUCGAGUUUGUCAUGCGCCACAAAGGAGCCAAGCACCUGCGGCCAGCCUCCCAUGACCUCACCUGGUUCCAGUACCACUCCCUGGAUGUGAUUGGGUUCCUGCUGGCCUGUGUGGCCACUGCUCUAUUUGUCAUCACAAAAUGUUGUCUGUUUUGUUGCCGGAAGUUUGCUAAAACUGGAAUGAAAGAUAAAAAGGAGUAGUUGUUUCAGAGGUCUGAAGCUGGGAGGACUCACAGAUGGGCCCCCUCCAGUUUAUUCCAGGGAGAAGCUUCCUCCUGUGAAAAAACGAAUUUUCUCAACUUUGCUUUUCACAUCAAAUCUGUUUUCAGGGGAUUUACUAUACCUGUUUAAGAGUUAGAAAUAUAUCAUGCCAAGAGAAAAAAAUUGCCAUAAAAUCGAAUAAAACUCUUUUUCUAAUUUAAAUGCUAUACCAACAAAAUUGAGCUUAGGUGUGUUUCCAACUAUGCACAUGGACAGAAAAGCCUUAAAUAGGCUACUCACAGUGUCUAUUAUUGUUCAAAGACUCAGAAUAUUUUAAUUUCCUUUUGUUACAGAAUUUUAUAGUUUUAUCUUUUGCUAAGGAAACUUCAAUAAUUGGAAUUCAAUAAUUGAUCAGUUUUACUGUGCAUCUAGCCUCAGCAUCACUUGUUAACUAGAAACGUGGCAAGCUGUAUGCCUUCAUCUAGUUUAAAGCACUUCCCAGUGGAAGGUUUCUGAAGUUAGAAGUAGAACAACCAUUCCCUGCUUCCUAUUAUAAGAUGAGCUAUGUGAAAGUCUUUGAUUUCAUAAUCUAAGUCUCCUUUCCCCAUGAUCUUUAAAAAUAUUCACUUGGUUGCUUUCACUCUCACAUUCAGCCUUAGAUAAUGGAUGAAAGGUCUCAAAAGUAGAUUAAUAAACCUGCACAUUAAAGGGACUUUAUGAAUUUUCAUUCUUCCCAAAUGUACAUGAUCAUAUAUACACCUGCUUCUUUUGAAACAAGAUACAUCAUCACUUAGCUACUUAUAGAUAUGGUGUAAAGUUCAGGUUGUUUGUUGAAGUUUGAAAUAAUGACUGUAAUUCUAUUUAACUGAACUCAGGGGAGCCUGUCUCAUGCUUUUUUCUCCUCUCAGGAGCCCAAGGCCCCAUUGCUCCCACAGCUCUUAUAUGUGAACAUUAAGUCCUUUGUCACGACAGAAUAUAAUCAUUGUUUUAUUUAAACCCAGGCACCUUAUAACUGACAUAAUCAGUAAAAAUAAGAAGAAUACAAAAAUCAUGUUUAAUUUUAUGGAGUAUUGUCAAAUCAACGGAAUCUAAAGACCCUCCUUAAAACCACACAUGAGGGACUCACUUUAUGAUCAAAGUGUUCCAGGUCAGGAGAAGCAUACCUCUCUGCUGGUCAAGAAGAUAGAGUCCAAGUCUUACAACAAACAUUCUCUAGCCUAAGGCAUGAAUUUAUUAUUUUUUACCUUAAAACUUGGAUACUUAGGGAAUCAUAGGAGAAAUUUACCACAUAAUUUUCUAUACAAAUUCUUGAUAAUUGACCAUAGAACUAAUAGAGUGCCAUAAUAGAUAAUAUGGUUUAAUCAUGCAUAUACACUCAAAUAAUUUUCCUCAAAUCGGUCAUGCAGCACAUGUAACAGGAGAGCAAUUGUUAUUCAUUGUAUAGUGAGAACUACUUCAAAUCUGUGAUGAAAAGUCAAACAACUAAGUAUGAAAAUACAUGAAGGAUAUGAACAGGAAAUUCACAUAAGCAAAAUAGCUAAUAACAUAUAUAAAAGAUGACAAAGGUCACUGGUGCUUUGGAAAAUCAAAUAUAAGUCAAAAAAUAAUUUUUCUACAGAUGACUUGCCAAGCAAAUAUCUGGUACAAUUCUUUUUGAGGAACAAUAAUAUGGAAAAGCCCUUUUAAAUAAAAUUUAAACAUACUGUUUGACAUCGCAAUACUACAUACAGAAAUCUAUCACUUAGAAAUACUUUCACAUGUUCAUAAUUAUAUUCAGAAUGUUCUUGCUAGCACUUACAUGGCUACAAGGGAACACACUUAUCUACAACACAUGUAUAAAUUUUAUAGUCUUUGGAAAAAAAAGAUUACAGGCAAUUGUUGCAUAGUAUCCAUGUCAUAUUCUUAAGAACAAAUUCCAGAAAUUAAAAAAUAAUCAUGGUACUUUUUUUUUGGAAAUAAAGUAAAUAUGUAUCUGUAAAUUUGUAUGACCAUAGAAGAAAAUAUCUGGAAAAACCCAUAGAUUUUCCAUUGAUGAGAUUUUAAUGUCUUAUUCCAUGUAAUUGAUUAUUUGAACUUUUGCAAUAAGUUGUCAUUUAUUAAUAAUGUGGUUUUAAAAAAUAACUAGUGAAAUAAACAUAUGAAUUCAAGAUA